AAGGACUCAAUUUUAACAGAAACCACCUUAAAAUCUCUGCCUUAACGUAUACCCACCUUCCGCCACAUUGAGUAAGAAUAUCAGAGGAGAACGAAAAAAGACGCCGCGGGAAAAUUCGGGUGUUAAUAGGACUAUCUUUUCGCUGAGGACAGAGAGACAACAGUACAGCGAGAUAACCCAUUUGGACUUGAGAGAGGGGGUGAGUGCUCUCAAGGCAGAAAAUUUGAUGAUGACCAUGACUACGAUGGCUGACGGUCUGGAUGCUCAGGACUCGUCCAAGUCUGCGUUCAUGGAGUUUGGUCAGCAAUCUCACUCACAGCAGAGCUCACCGUCGAUGGCCGCCAGCCACUACCCGCUACACUGUCUCCAUUCCGGGUCGCACUCUCACCAUCAGCACGAUAACUCUCCGUACCCCGGUACGAAUUCUUACAACAGGUCGCUACCUUACUCCUACGUGAGCCAUCCCCACCACAGCCCGUACCUACCGUCUUACCACAACAAUACUGGCGGUCAGACUAGAAUAGACAGCACAGAGCAGCAGAAGACGACAGUGAUUGAAAAUGGAGAAAUUCGUUUCAAUGGGAAAGGCAAGAAAAUUCGUAAACCUCGGACGAUUUAUUCUAGUUUGCAGCUUCAAGCUUUAAAUCACCGAUUUCAGCAAACACAAUACCUCGCAUUACCAGAACGCGCCGAGCUGGCUGCCUCUCUUGGCCUGACACAGACACAGGUAAAGAUAUGGUUCCAGAAUAAGAGGUCAAAGUUCAAGAAGCUGUUGAAGCAAGGAGGCAAUCCGCACGAGAGCGACCCUAUGCCUGGUUCCAUCGCCCUCUCUCCACGCUCUCCAGCAAUUCCGCCAAUAUGGGACGUGUCGGCGUCCAGCAAAGGAGUAAACAUGCCGGCUAACAGCUACAUGCCCGGGUAUUCCCACUGGUAUUCCUCCCCACAUCAAGAGUCAAUGCAGAGAUAGACUGCUCGGAUGGGAAGGCCGGAGGCCUGACUGGAGAGCACAGAGUCUGAAUCGUUUCACCUGCACAAUUGAUUUCCGUCAGCCUCGAAACUAAAUCCUGUCUCGCUCGAGGACAGACCCCUCGCAGACAGGCUUGGCUGCUCUGCGCGUGAAGGAUAACAGAGAACAAGACUCUCUAAUGUGGCACGCGGCAUAGGGACUAACCGUAUUAUCUUACCCAUGGCUGUUCAGUGGGAUUGCCUUUGUUAUGCUUUCAUUCAUCUGACUGUCAAUAUACCAAAUCUGUGGCAUUCAGCGAUUUGAGCAAGGACUGCACAUUCACGCGUUGACACGGGUGGAACCCUAUGCCGUGAUAUAUUGAUGGGACUCUUUACUGCUCCUUGAAUGGUUAUUUCUCAAACAUGCAAAACAAAGCAAUUUGUCUGUCUGUAAAUAUAUUCUGCGACUUCAGUUGUACAUACACUUUUUAUGUUUUGUCAAAUGGAGUAAACCAUGACUCAAAAUGACGUCUCCUGUUCUAUACUGAAACAUUUAGUAUAUUUCUCAUUUCAAACAAUGGUCCAUCUCCACAGUCCUUGAUGUCAUUUUUCUGAGUUCUUCAACAGCAGACUAUUUCACAAAAUGUUCCUCCCAAUAACCUAAGUUGCUUUCUAUUCUAAAUCACCCAGACAACAAAUUCUUUAAUACAUUGAGACAUUAAUUAUAGGAAAUUAACUUACCCUACUCUGAUCCUCGCUACAUUUACCGUGCGAAAAAAUUGCAUUAUAUGUCCAGCUCAUCUUGUCAUUUUCUGCCUCAAUUAUUAGAAGUAUUGACAACAUGUUUUUCCUUUUCUAUCGGUCCUAAUGCAAGACGCUAAAUGCCAAGCUCCACGGGAUCGAUCUGGGACAAAGCACCCAGCUGCAGUUCUGUUCAAUAUGAAGGAGAUAUUUGGGACAAUUUAUGGGUUUUUAUCCAAGUGAGGUUUUUUUCUAUUCUCAUAAAUGCAGGCAUAAUUAGGGUAAUUUUUUAUGUAGCCCGCUGAUUACAGCGUUUUUACCGUCAAAGAUAAUUACCUGUAAUUUUCUACCACUUUUAAUACGAAAAGGCAUCUUUAUUUGGAUUUGAGGUAGCACAGACGGAACAAAAGACAAAAUUAUUCGGUUAUUCAUAUACAAAUUGCCGAGAGGACUGAACGCUUGGGAUAUUAUCUGAAAUUACAACGUUGAAAAGGAGAAUGAGAAAGCCUCGCGCAGCUGUCAUGUCAUGGAUGUCCCACUGGCAGACUACCUGGACUACGUUUCCCAAACCACAUUAUGUGCACUCUCAAGUUUAAGGCUUGUUACCCUCAAAAUAUAAUGUGGUUCACUGUGAAACUACAAACGCACUGACAACACUUAAAGCAUCGUCAUGGGAUAUGGAGAUACAUACAAUAUGGAAGCAUGAUUUUAAAAUAUUAUCAACAUGGUUCUAGAUAACAUUGUGUACAGGCUACUCACAAAUAAAAGUAGCCAUCU